CCUGUGCUCCGUCCCUCCCUCAACGCUGAACAAACGCUAUAUUCAUCUGCUCCAGCUUGCAGUUGCUGAAACUCCCCACAGGAACUCCUGGCCACUUUUUUCCCCAAACCGUGUGAGCUGCUGAACACAAUGCCAUUCAUGCCACGGGGCGAAAACAGGCGAAACGCGUGCUCCGGUAACCCAACAAUGUGGAGAACAUGCAGUAUUUUUUGCGCAUGGAGUCUACUCUUCUUGACACACGUCUGUGCGCAGUCUCAGCGGAGGCCAACCUUCACGUGCGGUGGAAACAUUACAGGAGACACUGGAGUAAUUGGGAGCCAGGGAUACCCAGGAGUUUACCCUCCAAAUACCAAAUGUGUCUGGAGAAUCACAGUCCCUGAGGGAAAGGUAGUGGUCCUAUCAUUCCGCUUCAUCGACCUGGAGAGUGACAACCUGUGCCGCUAUGACUAUGUGGAUGUUUACAGCGGCCAUGUGAACGGGCAGAGACUUGGUCGCUUCUGUGGGACGUUCAAGCCUGGAGCCCUGGUUUCCACGGGGAACAAGAUGCUCCUGCAGAUGGUAUCUGAUGCCAACACUGCCGGGAGUGGCUUCCUGGCAGUUUUCUCUGCUGCCCACCCACAUGAGAGAGGGGACCAGUACUGUGGGGGCAGAUUGGAUAAACCUUCAGGGACUUUCAAAACACCAAACUGGCCUGAGAAGGACUACCCUGCUGGUGUCACCUGCUCCUGGCACAUAGUUGCACCAAAGAACCAGAUCAUUGAAGUCAAGUUUGAGAAGUUUGAUGUGGAAAGAGACAACUACUGCCGCUAUGACCAUGUCUCCAUCUUCAACGGGGCAGAAAUCAACGACGCCAAGAGAAUUGGCAAAUACUGUGGAGACAGCCCCCCAGCGCCGGUGUUCUCAGAUGGAAACCAGCUCUUAAUCCAGUUCCUGUCAGAUCUCAGUCUAACCGCAGACGGCUUCAUUGGACACUACAAGUUCAGACCAAAGAAAUUCCCCACCACAACAAUACCACCCACUACAACAACACAGCCUGUCACCACGAGGCCCAUACCUCUAAAGUACUCCGUGGCUCUGUGCCAGCAGAAAUGCAAAAAGCAAGGAACACUUGAGAGCAAUUACUGCACCAGCAAUUUUGUGAUAACUGGAACUGUCAUUACUGCGGUGAUGAGAGGAGGAAGUAUGUACGCAACUGUUUCUAUCAUCAAUGUGUACAGAGAAGGCAAUCUGGCCAUCCAGCAGGCAGGAAAGACCAUGAGCACCAAGAUCAUCAUCCUGUGCAAGAAGUGUCCAUUUAUCAGAAGAGGCUUGAACUACAUCUUCAUGGGCCAGGUGGACGAUGAGGGCCGGGGGAAGAUCGCCCCUCAUCACUUUGUGAUGGCGUUCAAGACAAAGAACCAGAAAGUGCUCAACGUGCUGAAGAACAAGAGGUGCUGAGUCGAUGAAGCUUUGAUGAUCUCCACUAAAUGGGUGGGCCUGGGGCUUCUACAUGGAUGGACAUGAUUAAACCAAAAAAAAAUAUUCUCCUGAUACACAAACACAUUUAAUCAAAACUUAAAAUGGCUGCAAGAUCUGCUGUAUUUGGAAGCACAAAAAGUUAUCUGCAUGACUGAUUUACUGAGGGUUAACUCCAGUCUUUUAAGUAUUCAUUUUGGAUAAACAAGAGAUAAUUAAGUUAUCAACCUCUGUCUUCCAUUACACACUCAUUGCUUAGUCUGUUUUGCCCGAGAUGAAUCAGUAACUAAGUUAAAAAUUUGUUUUGUGCUCCUAGCAGGAUAUUAAGUUGUAGCCAGUGAGAAAAGCCAACAAUCAGGGCUAAAGGUAGCAAUUUGUAGGGAGAAAAAUAGAAAAGUUCAUUUUAAAUUCUGUGAACUAACUUCAAAUUUUCCAUACUGUACAUUUCAGUUUUCUUUUGAGGCUGUUCAGGGCAAUUUUAAUGAUCAACUAGAUCUAUUAUUAAGUAUGAAUGACACAUAUUCAAUUCAGAAGCCUGAUUAGUGCCCAUAGGAGUUUUUUAAAACCUAUGUUUAUUUUCUAUUGUUAAUUUCAGUGGGCGGGAUUGGAAGCUUUAAAGUGCAAUAUUUAAUAUGAACGUCAUCCUUUGUUAAAGAACUCUGAAACAAAUAGGGAUCUUCCAAGCUGUAGCUCUUUUCUUCAGUUUGUUUACAGAAUCAAAGUACCAAUAUCAGCAUAGAUGAUUCACUUGCAUUGUUUUUAAAGGCAGAGCUAAGAAAUGAAAUUAUUUUCAUAUUAAAGUCUGUGAAUAUUAUUUAUAUUUUAUUGUUUUCUUCUGCCGAAAUAAAAUUCCUUUAACAUUU